ACACACACAUAACGCACACAAUACACACACAAAUAGGUCUGGUUUGGAGAAAACCAAUAAACAAACAGGUAAUGCGCAUAUCUUCACUCCCACAAUCAUUCUCUGAAUUUUGAAGGUAAAGAAGAAGUUGCAAUUUUUCCGUAGCAGCUAUCUACCUAUCUCCUCCACCGCAACCCUCAUGCUUAUCCUCCAACCCUGUUUCACCGCUCUUCCGUUAUCGCCGCCAAACAAAUUUCGCCCCUUCCGACGCGCCAAACCGCUGCGUUAUCCCGGGCUACACCCACCUGCCACGCGGCUGACGACCAAGACUCUGCAGGCCCAGCUGGAAAGCAAUGGUUUUCGUGGUGGAGAUGAUGAAGAGCUUGAUGAUGCCAUCGAUGUUUCGUGGGCUGGAGGCGGCUUUGGGGGUCGAGAAGUUGAAGACAAGGAUUACGACAAAGAUCCUGAGUUUGCCGAGAUUCUCGGCUCCUGUAUCGAUGACCCGGAUAAAGCUAAGUCCAAAAUGGAGGAGAGACUGAGGAAGAAAAGGAACAAGAUACUGCACACCAAAACUGGUUCAGCAAAUCCAAUGAAGGUGCAUUUUAACAAAUUUGAUUUCUCAAACUCGUAUAUAUGGUUGGAGUUCUACAAUGCCCCACUCGAGCAAGAUAUUUCGUUGGUCAGCGAUACAAUUCGAUCAUGGCACAUUGUUGGACGGCUUGGUGGAUGCAACUCUAUGAAUAUGCAGUUAUCACAAGCUCCUUUGGACAUAAGACCAAGUUACGAUGCUAUUCAAGGAGCGAAUGUCACCCCAACUGCAUUUUACAACAUAGGCGACCUUGAGGUCCAACAUAACUUAGCUCGAAUAUGGGUUGAUAUUGGCACUGUGGAACCUUUACUCUUGGAUAUUUUGAUUAAUGCUCUAACACAAAUAAGCUCUGAUUAUGUCGGGAUCAAGCAAGUGAUGUUUGGUGGAUCUGAAUUUGAGGGCUGGGAGGAAAACUUGAAAUCCGAGGAUGUAGGAUACAGUGUUCACAAGAUCUAAAAAAUUUUGUGAGGAGAAGCAGUAUAGAAGAAAAAUCAAAAGGCAUGUGAUGCAAGAGAGAUAAGUUCGAACUGAUUGUGUACUUAUCGAGAUAAUUCAAUUUUGGUUAGAAUUUGCGAUUUUGAAGAUCGACAGGAUGAGAAUUGCUUCAGCUCUGCCUCUAUUUGAUCAAAGUUGAAUUCGGAAAUGAACAACCUUGUUUAUUGUAAUUAAUUGAGUUUGUAUAGUAAGUGUUCUUAAAUCUUUGGACAAAAAUUGCGGUAUAGUUUGUAACUAGAGAUGGCAAUUGAUAUUGGAUCCGGUCCAGAUCCAUGGAUCCAUAUCCGUUUUUCAGGGUUUGAUUAUUUGAAUCUCAAUUUUUUGGAUCCGGUCCAGAUUUGUGGAUCCAUAUCCGUUUUUCAGGAUCUGAAUCUCAAUUUUUUGGAUUCGACGGAUCUGGAUUUCAAUUUUGAAAACAGAUC